AUGAAAGAGGAGAAAUACUUGCCUGAGCUGAUGGCAGAAAAAGAUAGCCUGGAUCCAUCUUUUGUGCACGCCUCGCGCCUGCUAGCCGAAGAAAUUGAAAAAUUUCAAGGUUCUGAUGGAAAAAAGGAAGAUGAAGAAAAGAAAUACCUUGAUGUCAUCAGCAACAAAAACAUAAAGCUCUCAGAAAGGGUAUUGAUUCCAGUCAAACAGUAUCCAAAGUUCAAUUUUGUGGGGAAAUUGCUUGGACCAAGAGGAAACUCCUUGAAGAGGCUACAGGAAGAAACAGGUGCUAAAAUGUCUAUCCUGGGCAAAGGAUCAAUGAGAGAUAAAGCAAAGGAAGAAGAACUAAGGAAGAGUGGGGAAGCCAAAUAUGCACACUUGAGUGAUGAACUUCAUGUAUUAAUUGAAGUGUUUGCUCCACCUGGGGAAGCUUAUUCACGUAUGAGUCAUGCACUGGAAGAGAUUAAAAAAUUUCUGGUUCCCGACUACAAUGAUGAAAUUCGUCAGGAACAACUACGUGAAUUAUCUUACUUAAAUGGCUCAGAGGACUCUGGUCGUGGCAGAGGUAUUAGAGGCAGAGGGAUCAGAAUAGCUCCCACAACUCCUUCAAGGGGCCGUGGGGGUGCCAUUCCUCCUCCCCCACCACCUGGACGAGGCGUUCUCACCCCUCGAGGGACCACUGUGACCCGUGGUGCUCUUCCAGUGCCCCCUGUAGCAAGAGGCGUCCCUACCCCGCGAGCACGGGCAUCACCCACUGUGCCAGGAUACAGGGCACCCCCUCCUCCAGCCCACGAGGGGUAUGAAGAGUAUCCAACCCCAGACCUCUCCCUGUUUUGGGAUUGGUCAGAGAAAUCUGAAGAAGGUUAUGAUGAUGGCUAUGGGGGUGAAUACGAUGACCAGACAUAUGAGACUUAUGACAAUAGCUAUGCCACCCAAGCACAAAGUGUGCCUGAGUACUAUGACUAUGGUCAUGGAGUAAGUGAGGAUGCCUAUGACAGCUACGCACCAGAAGAAUGGGCCAUGACCCGCUCCAGCCUGAAGGCACCACCACCAAGGUCAGCCCGAGGGGGAUACAGGGAGCACCCCUAUAGUAGAUACUGA